CUUUGUUUUGUUUUGGCAGAUGCUUGCUCAGAAAUCUGGCAACAUCAUCAACAUGUCCUCUGUGGCUUCCAGCAUCAAAGGAGUUGUGAACAGAUGCGUGUACAGUGCCACCAAGGCCGCGGUGAUCGGCCUCACCAAGUCGGUGGCCGCCGACUUCAUCCAGCAGGGCAUCCGCUGCAACUGCGUGUGUCCAGGAACGGUCGAUACCCCAUCUCUGCAAGAAAGGAUACAAGCCAGGCCCAAUCCUGAGGAGGCCCUGAGCGACUUUCUGAAGAGACAGAAGACUGGAAGGUUCGCCACCGCAGAAGAAGUGGCCCAACUGUGUGUGUACCUGGCGUCAGACGAGAAAAUGAAAUCUGGCCUCCCCAGUGGCGCAGCGGGUUGAGCACAGCGCUGUGAAGCUAUCCACAGCCUCUGCAGCACAGGUUCGAUUCCUGGCCAGCCAGGGAGAAACCCACAUGGUGCGCAGCAGACCUCUCCUGUCUUGCCCGCUGCUCCCCUCAGCAGUGUGUUUCGGUCCAUCUGCCUGUUCUGCUCCCUGCUCUGUCUCUGGUGAAUCCUCUUACCCUCCCGCGCCUCCGGCCUGUACCCCAGCUAGUGUAUAAAAAUAAAUAAAUAUUUUAAAAAUCAAUCAAUCAAUCAGUAAAAGAAAGUGAAAACUACUGUGGGGAAAAAAACUAAAAAUUUUUAACUCCUUUAGUUUUGCACACAUUGGGAUACCUGAAGCUUGUGUAGAAUAUUUCCUCAGAGUUCAAUGGAUUAUAAUAGCUUGAUUAUUCAGUGUAUUAUUUUUAUUAAUUAAAUUGUUUUUCUUACAUCAUUGUAGUCCCCAGAGCUCUCCUCUUCAUACAGAUUUUAAAAACAUUUCAUGUGCUUCAGUUACCAAAAUUAUCUUUGUAUAUUCACCAACUAAGUACAUACAAUUUUUUUAUUUUUGUUUGGAAACUGAUGUGAUCACUUCAGAUGACACACUUGAUUAUGUUUAAAAGCAUAUUGGAGCCAUAAAAUUCAGCCAGUUUAGCAUGAUUCUGAGUUUCCAAGUGAAAAUGGGCAUUCCAGCCGACACUUGAUCCUAACCUGUGCCAUGGCUGUGUGUCACUGGACUUCUGAGUUUCCAGAUUCUGAAACCAAAUACCCAGCAGACUGUGUUCAGGGACACCCAGGGGAUUAAGUCCUCUGGGAUUAAUCCCAUUCAGUAAAUUUUCUGUGCCGUUAAAUUUUCUGUGCCGUGCGAGGUUUCUUGUUACUGCAAGAGGAACUAGUGCAGCCAUAGAGACACGGAAGCCAUGUAGAAACACUUGUGUUAAACCGCUUGGUUGUUCGGCCCUGUCUCCC